AGCUUCUAUCCCAGAACACAAAUGGAAAAGAUUAAAAUUUAACAAUAUUCUCUCUAGAAAAUAAACCAGUUUUAGAUGUUCAGACUGGUUCUCCAAGUGUUCAGAUCAGGGAGUGAGAGGGAAGCCACAGGCGGACGAUCUGACCAAGCCGCUGAAGUCAACAUGCUAACGCCGCAUCCCCUACCAUUUAAAACUCAAAUUGGGAUCUGACUUUGAUUUCAGCGGCUGAGUCAGAUCGUCUAUUAGACCUCACCCUACAUUACAACACGUCAGAAACAGUCAUACGUACUUACAUACACGUGCAACUUGCUGCUUGUUGGUCUAAACAGGGGAAAAGACUUGAAAAGAAGUGUCAAAAUUGCAUGAAAGUUUGAAUUUUUGCGGUUACCACAUUGUAUUUGGAACCAGGAUACACUGAUGCCAACAGGCCUCUUCACAUACUACGUAGCAACAGCAAGUACCGGACUUUGUACAUUAUUCCUCAAACCCCUCAUGAAUUGAGAUUUUUUUUAGGGUUUUUGAGAAUACACAAGGAUUAUAUUUUCACCAACCCAAUGGAGCUCAGAUUUGUGCUGUUGCCAAGUUGUGAGCCAGAAUCAACCAAGUCAAGUUGGUGUACCUGAUGUUUAUGAUUUGUACAAAUAGUGCCGCCAAGACGGAUUCCUUAGGUUGAUUUGUGUGGUUAGAAAUGUGAAACCUUCCCGAUUAAUGCUUUUAGUUCCCCUUAUUUAUUUCAAGAUAAAUACAGUGAAUGAAAAAGUAGCAGAAUGGAAAUAGUGGGAGAUCUCUUUGAUACUUGUGAUGAUGAACUGCAUUCAGGCAAGGUGCCAGUGUCAAUUCUUAUUACGGCUAUGAAAAAUGAAAUACCUAAUUCAGAUAAUGAAAGAGAAGCAAAUCUAUUACAAGCUGUUUAUGACCUUCUUGAUCCACUGCAACAAGACCCACUCAUUGACAAAGCUACAUGGAUAAAGGCCUGGCAGAAGAUGCAAUCGGAUGCUGACUUAAACUUUACGGUUUCUCCAUGUGACGGGCUUCUUGAUCAGUCGAAGCAGUCAUAUUGCUUUUCUCCUGGAUCACCCUCAAGUUUGGAAAGUGAAACUGAAGAUGUAUUUAUUUUAAAAGAAGAAAAUGAUUGUCUGAAAAAUAAUAUAAAAAUUUUGAAAGAUCAAUUACAAAACCAAGAAGACUCAUUAAUUCAAGAACAAACUGAAAGGAGAGAAAUUGAAAAAAAAUAUGCAUCCGCAGAAAAUCAGAUAAUGAAAUUGACGAAACAAGUAAAAUAUCUUCAAGAAAGCAAUACAGACUUACAGUCAUCAAUAGUUUCUUGUGAGAGGGAGAAAAACAAAUUUGCAGAGCAAUUUCAUACUACUGAAAAGCAGCUCAGAGGACAAACAGCUGCUAAAAACAAUGAGAUUAUGAUUCUUAACAAAGAAAUCGAAGAACUAAACCAGACUAACAUUGUAUUAAAAUGUGAUAUUGAUCAACUUAAAAUUUUACUUGAUCAAACAGUCAAAGCCCAUGGUGAGCAGAUAAGGGAAUACAAAGAAGCCAUGCAAGCAGAAAGAGAUGAAAUCAGCACCAAAAUAACUCAAUCAUUCUCACAUAGGAGGGAUUUAGCUGCCCGCCUAGAAGAAUGUGAUUUCAGUGGUGUUGAUCUCCAGUCAGAACUGCUGGAAUCAACCAAUGUUGACAUGAAUAGUUGCACAGCUCAUACACCAAAAAUUCUUAGUGUUGCAUCUUCUACUCCUAGAAAUGUACAUGUCAAACCUGCAGUUACUACAUCUCUCCUAGAGGAAAUGCAGGCCUUUGGAUCAGGCAUCGACAGCUCCAGUAUACUAGACUGUAGCUUUGAUGUUCAAACAUCACAGCACCAUAGUGGCAGUGAAUCAGAUGACAGCUACAGCAGCAGUGGUGUUGAAAGAGUACCUGAUCCUAGACACUCUCCCAGCAUUCCUCUCAAAGGCAACUUUGUACAAUAUGCUAAACAAAACGAAUUCUCUGGCAACAGUUGUGAAUCAUUCAAAACCAGUGGAUCUCAAGCACUUUUACAGGAUAGACUUAGCAACAAAGCUAGACAACCCAGUUUAGGCGAGUUUUCUCCUCCGCCGCUUGAAAAUGACGCUGAUCUAUUGUUAGAGAAAAAUCAAACUAUUUUACACAAAGUUGGACAUAUCGAGUCAUUCAAAUCUCUUCAAACCUGUGAUCUGAUUAAAUCUAGCCCUGAAAAUAUCAAGGCUAAUCUUAUUUCUUCUAGAUCAGAUGAUGAAUUUCCUAACGAAUUACAUCAACAUGCGCAAAUACAAAGCCAUCAUGCGAACACACAAACCAUUAUUGUGCAAAUGUAUGAAGUGGGAAUUCAAACCUCCCCCUUAAAUUGUGGUAUGGAGAUCCCAACUACUCACCUGCCUGUAUGUGAUGCGGGGACUCAAACUACUGAAGUAUGUGAAGUGGAGACUGAGAAUACUCAUUAUUAUUCUGACAUGGGGAGUUCAGACAUUUAUCCUCCGGUCUGUGGUAUGGAGAUCCCAACUACUCAGCUGACUGUAUGUGAUGUGGGAACUCAAACUACUGAAGUAUGUGAAGUGGAGACUGAGAACACUCAUUAUUAUUCUGACAUGGGGAGUUCAGACAUUUAUCCUCCGGUCUGUGCGAUGGAAACUAAAACCAAGCUUCGAGAUGAAUUUUCUGAAAGUGAUUGGUCUCAAGAUUGCGUUACGGAGAGUGAAAAUGUUGCUCUGAAAAAGCUUGAAGCAAGUAUUCUAGAGCUAUCCUCAAAUGAUGGUUGUCAGUCACAUCGUGAAAUGAAUGUCAACUCUUGUGAUAAUGACUUGUUUAGAGAAAAGGGAUCUUUAACACAUUCCAACACACGUUGCAAAGCAAUUUAUGAGGGAAAAGAUGAAGAAAUUGAGUAUGGAAUUCAUUAUUUUGGCCAUUCCAAGAUUAGACGACAUACCCCAGAAGAUACCUUAGUCAAACUCCCCACCAAAACUCCUACUAAAGAACUUAUGCCUUCACACAAAGUUAUUUCAUUUGAAAUAGAAAAUAUAUCAUCAAAUUCACCCAUAAAAUAUUUUGAAGAGCAAUUUGUUUCUGAGGAUGCGUCUAAUAAUGAUGUGGCACACUCUACAGUACAGAAAAACGAGUUACCUGCAUUGAAAAUGAACCUGUUCAAGCAAAGAUUAAAGCUUUUGUUAGCAGUGAUUUGCUUGUCAUGCCUUUUUGUCAUGUUACUCUUUUGUUCAACUGUAGUACUCUCGGUGGGAGUCUUAGAAACAAUAACGCAAUCAGGUGUCAUCUCUGGCACUACUCCUAGGUGGGCUGCUCCAAAGUGGAUUUCACAAUUUACUUACCUUGUCAGACCUUUUCUUAAAGUAGAGGAGAGAACGAGAGAACCUAUUGUGUGACACUUGCUCUGCCUUUAAUGAGUGUCACGUAUCUUUUUCCUUUUUUCUUAUACCUAUAACAGUGCCAUUUUAUUUUUAUUUAGAAUAAACAAAUGAAAAAGUU